CGCAGACUUUCGAACACCAAUGUCAAGGCAGCACGAAACCGAUCUAGAAAAUCAGACAUUGAAACAGAAGACUCUUGUCUCUUUGUUUCUCUCUAUAUAUACACACACAUAUACACACAGUAAUAUCAACAUCUAGAGAGAUUUAAUCACAAACAUCGAGAUUUGAUUCAGAAAUGGCGGUGGAGGACGAUGUAUCUUCGAUGAGAACGACGACGUUAGUGGCUCCAACAAGACCCACGAUUACAGUUCCACAGAGACCACCGGCGAUCGAAACGACGGCGUAUUUCUUCGGCAGUGGAGAUGCGCUUAGUCUAAGCCCAGGCCCACUUUCUUUUGUCUCCUCUUUGUUCGUUGAUAACUUCCCUGACGUUUUGACGCCGGAUAACCAAAGGACGACGUCGUUUUCACAGCUUCUCGCCGGAGCUAUGUCGGUAUCCCCUGGCAGCGGAGGAGGACGUUCUACAGCGGGGAUGUUCGCCGGAGGAGGUCCGAUCUUUACAGUCCCUUCUGGUUUCAGCCCUUCUAGUCUUCUCACCUCCCCCAUGUUCUUUCCUCCUCAGCAGCCACCAGCGCAGACCGGCUUUGCCCAACCGCAGUUGCAGCCGCAGCCGCAACCGCAACGACCAGACACAUUUCCUCACCAUAUUCCGCCAUCGACAUCCACCGCCGUCCAUGGCCGUCAGUCUUUUGAAGUUUCACAAGCCGAUCAACGAGCUAGAAACCAUUAUAAUAAUCCGGGGAAUAAUAACCGGUCGUACAAUGUGGUGAACGUUGAUAAACCGGCGGAUGACGGUUAUAACUGGAGGAAGUACGGACAAAAGCCAAUCAAAGGGUGUGAAUAUCCGAGGAGUUAUUACAAAUGCACACAUGUUAACUGUCCGGUUAAGAAGAAAGUAGAACGCUCGUCUGAUGGACAGAUCACUCAGAUCAUUUACAAAGGUCAACACGAUCACGAGAGGCCUCAGAACCGCCGGGGUGGUGUGACUGAGCCGAAGAUCAUCGUUCAGACAAGAAGUGAAGUCGACCUUCUCGACGAUGGCUAUAGGUGGCGCAAGUACGGACAAAAAGUUGUCAAAGGAAAUCCCCAUCCAAGGAGCUAUUAUAAAUGUACAACGGCGAAUUGUACGGUCCGUAAACAUGUAGAGAGAGCUUCAACGGACGCGAAGGCUGUCAUUACAACUUACGAAGGGAAACAUAACCACGACGUCCCUGCCGCUAGAAACGGCACUGCUGCAGCAACCUCAGCCGCGGCGGGAACGUCCGACCACCAUCGUAUGAGAUCAGUCUCGGGGAACAACAUGCAACAACAUAUGAGUUUCGGUAACAGUAACAACAAUUCAGGGCAAUCUCCGCAUUCUUCUCCGGCGGGUCCUCCACGUCCUCUCCGCCACCGUUUAGACACCGCAGUCCAUCGCAGUCAUCCCCAAAACCACAACAACCGCCAUGUUCUUCCCACUCCGCCAUCUCAUCGCCGUGUCGUCAACUCAUCUCCGAAAAAACAUCGCAAGAAUGACGAUGAUGCUCCAAGAUCUAGGACGACCGGAGUCAGCCUGAGAUCGGGAUUGUCGCACGGAAAUGUAGAGGCUGAGCAGGUGGCGGCUGGCUGGCCCUCAUGGCUCAGCUCCGCCGCACCGGAGGCUGUUCAUGGGUGGGUCCCAUUACGCGCCGAGGACUUCGAGAAACGAGAGAAGAUUGGGCAAGGGACGUAUAGCAACGUGUUCCGGGCUUGUGAGGUAUCGACGGGACGAGUUAUGGCUCUAAAGAAAAUACGGGUUCAAAAUUUUGAAACUGAAAACAUAAGAUUCAUAGCGAGAGAAAUCAUGAUUUUGAGAAGAUUAGAUCAUCCAAACAUCAUGAAACUCGAAGGGAUCAUCGCGUCACGGAAUUCAAACAGCAUCGUUGGUUGUGUUUUCGCCGAGAUUCUUACCGGAAGCCCACUUCUUAAAGGAAGAACAGAGAUUGAACAACUUCACAAGAUUUAUAAACUCUCUGGAUCACCAGAUGAAGAUUUUUGGGAAAAGAACAAAAUUCAUCCACAAACAAAGAUGUUUAGACCACAGCAUCAAUAUGAAGGCUGUCUCAAAGAAAGAUUUGAGGAGUUUCCGAAAACAGCAAUUAAUCUUCUCGAGAACCUUUUGUCUAUUGAUCCGGAGAAACGAGGAACUGCCUCUUCUGCUCUCAUGUCAGAGUACUUUAACACAAAGCCUUACGCUUGUGAUCCAUCGACAUUACCUAAGUACCCUCCUAACAAAGAAAUGGAUGCUAAGUACCGUGAAGAACUUCAACGAAGGAGAAGAGUUAGUAUAAAGAAAAGAGAUAACUUGGCAUCCAAGAAACCGGCGAAAUCACGUAGAACAGUCAAAGAGCCUACAAAUCUCAGCAAAUUGCCGACCCAACAGGAAACCAAGAAGGAAGCUGAGACAGAAAUCAUUACCCAGACGCCGUCGGAGACAUCUCAAGCGACGACUCGAAGCGAGUUUCCGUACACCGGUUUAUCUCAAACCACGGGGCCGGCAAGCGGGUUCGCAUGGGCUGGGACGAAGAAGAGGAAAGAAAACGACGCAGCUUCAACGCUGACUUAUAAUCAGCCUGCAGGAUCUGCGAGCCACGUCAGUGGUAUGAGCAUGGCUUUUGCCAAGAACACUUUUGGGUUAACAAUAAACGAAGACAAGCCGUUUCUUAGGCCGCAUGUUUCCCUAGACUCCUCUGACGUGUUGUUGUUCUCUGGCGUGCAUCACAAGAAACCAGAAGAAUAUACGGAUUUGACGAAUGUUGGGGCGAAUCCGAAGAUUUUUCAAACCAAUGGGAUGAAUGAGAUAUUACGGAGGACAGAAACUGAUGUGAGAAUCGGUGUUCGAAGACCGCCACGAAUAGAAAGAGGU